CACGCCGCGCAUAUUGAAGUAAUGGAGCUGGUGAUCCUCCGCACGCAACCUUACUUGCAAAUUCGCGCUGCAGGUGGAUUCGGCACUGGAUAGUUGUUGCUCAUUGAAUAUGUGAAUAAUUACAUACAUUACAUUUGUUGUUGAAUGUUACGUAGUCGAUUUGUACUGAUCUCGUCUAUGCAUUGAUUUGUUCUCUGUGUAGAUUUUACAGGCGACUUGACUUUUCAGUUCAGGGCAGAAAUGAAGGUAGAUGAAUGGGUCGAAGUAACCAAGGAAUGCAAGUAUCUGCCAGAAAAAGAUCUCAAGCAUCUUUGUGACCUGGUUUGCGAGAUACUUCUGGAAGAAUCGAAUGUCCAGCCGGUUAGUAGUCCUGUCACAGUUUGCGGGGACAUUCACGGACAGUACUAUGACUUACUUGAGUUGUUCAGGAUUGCCGGCGAAUUACCUGACACCAAUUACAUCUUCAUCGGAGACUUUGUCGAUCGCGGUUAUUAUUCACUCGAAACUUUGACCCGGUUAAUGGUAAUGAAAGUCAAAUACCCGGACCGAGUUUUUCUUCUACGGGGAAAUCACGAGUCUAGAACUGUUACUCAGGCUUAUGGGUUUUACGACGAGUGUCAGUCCAAAUACGGAAAUUGCAACGCUUGGAAAUAUUGUUGUCAAGUGUUUGAUUUGCUCGCUAUUGCUGCACUCAUCGACGAAGAAGUACUUUGUGUCCACGGCGGACUAUCCCCUGAAAUCAAAACUAUCGACCAGAUCCGCCAGAUCCAACGUGACAUGGAAAUUCCUCAGGAAGGAGCAUUUUGUGAUCUUGUUUGGUCUGACCCGGAGGAGGUUGAGAACUGGACGGUUAGUCCCCGAGGGGCGGGCUGGCUGUUUGGUAGGAGAAUAACCAAUGCUUUUAACCACCUCAACGAUUUAUCAUUGAUAUGUCGGGCUCAUCAGCUCGUGCAAGAUGGAUAUAAAUUCAUGUUCGACGACAAAUUGGUCACAAUUUGGUCUGCACCGAAUUAUUGUUACAGAUGCGGCAACAUCGCUGCGGUUAUCUCUUUCAACGAUUCAAACAACUACGAACCGAAGUUGUUUGAUGCAGUACCGGAUGAAAAACGAGUUGUUCCAAGCCGGGUGGUGACUCCUUACUUCUUGUAACAUCUCAUUGUAAUAUCAGAUAUUGUAUUGCUUGCGCAGGUGGUGGAUAAUAUUUUAGUUGUCGUGGCUUAGUAAAUAAGUUUGUCAAUAUAAUGUCAUGUUUUUUUAAUCGUUGAGUUGACUGUGAUUAUCAAUAAUUCAAAUCGCUUUCAUCUAAUGCAAUCUAUGUUCCCGCCUGAAUCUGGGUAAUAAUGCUGUGAAUAUGUUUACGUAAUUGAAGACCCUUUAACUUUUAGUUCAAUUCAUUGGACAACGAAACCCAAUACCAAUGACUCUGCACUUACUGCCACCUAACUUAUCACGUGAUGGCAGCUCUGGAGUCUCAUUGGCUGACACUGUGCACGUUACUGAAAUACGGUGAUUUCAUUGGCUCACACCUGUGCGUGCUCUCGUCCGGCUGGUUGUGUUCAGUUUGAUGGUUUUGUUACCAUGGCAACAGCGAUUGAGUAUUGUGAGAUGUGGCGGGAUGUUCGAAUUUUGAUAGUUUUGAAGCAUUAUCCAUAGGAUAAUAUGAAUUUUAAACAGUUGUGUGACAAUACUUGUAGUUUUGUAUAACAUGUGAAUGUGGCAUUAGACUGAACUGUAAUGAAACCUCUGGAAAGGUCUACGUACCGUUUUCUAUGUUUUUGCUAUUUUUAUUUGAAUA